CAAAAGGAAAGCAAAACAUUUCUCUCUCUGUUUGCACUUCAUGGGGAUGUGUUCAAGGCAGGAGCGGAUACAGACAGACAUAGACAGCGUACUCCAGAGGUGCAAGGCGGACAAGGACUGCCUGUUUUCCGAUUUCAGAUAUUCCGAUUCCACAUUCACCUAUACAUAUACAAGAGGUUCGAAGAGGGUGUCUUAUUCAGUUCACGUCUCCGAGGAUUAUCCAGACAAUACAUAUGUGUCAAAUUCAGAGAAUGAUGAUGAUGUGCUAGUCACAAGGGACCCCAUUCCAGUAAUUUUCCAAAGAAUAGCAACAGAAUUAAGGUUCAAUAAUGAUGCCACAAGUUGCCUGUCAAUCAGAACAAAGCUGCACAAUGAGAGGUGCCAGGAGACCAGGCAUACUUGCACAAUAGAGGAGGAUUCAGAAGGAGACAAUGAUUCAGAAGAAUUUUAUUAUGUUGGUCAGGGAAACUAUGAUGGCGAACUUCAUAAACACCCACAGCUUGAAGCUGACCUGGCAGCCGUGAGAGAGAUCUAUGGACCUGGCGCAGUAUCCCUCAGGGAAUAUGGUGCAAUUGAUGACGUGGACAUCGACUUGCACAUUGAUGUCAGCUUUCUCGAUGAGGAGAUUGCUAUUGCAUGGGAUGUUAUUCGCACAGAACCUGUGAUCGUGCGACUGCAUUGCUCUCUCACGCAGUAUUUAAAUGGCCCAGUUCCAACGGUUGAUGUUUUCCAAACAUCGACAAAGGAUCGGUUUGGAUUGGGGCAUCAAUUGAAAAAAAUAAUGCAGACUUUUGUUACACACCAGUGGAAGCAGAACAGCAAGGAGAAACUCAACUGUCCCCAUGGCAAAAAGAUUAGUGAGAAGAAGGUGAAAUCCCCGCUGCACAUUUUUUCAUCUUUGCGCAGGUCGCCAAGUUAUCCUCCACCUGGAUGUGGCAAAAGCAAAUCAAAACUGAAACCAGAACAAGAUGGGAUUCCCAAGUCGCAGAAACUGCUAAAGAGGAACUGUUCCAAUACUGGGAAGGUGGAAGAUGGUUGUGAUUCCAAACCUCACAAACCUCUAGGCCGUUCUUUUUCCAGUGAUCCCAGAACUGAUCAGUCAAAGCCACAUAAACUUUUAAGUCGAUCAUGUUCUGCCACCAUGAGGCUGGAUGAAAAUCUUCCUUUGAAGUCCCACAAAUUAUUGAGCAGGACAUGUUCGGGUGACACCAGAUGUGAGCACAACAGUGCACCCAAGCCGCAUAAACUGCUGAGCAAGUCUUGUUCCAGCACUCUGAAGACAGAAGACACAGAUGGACUGAAACACCACAAACUGCUGAGCAGGUCCUACUCCAGCAAUGCCAAAGUGGGUAAAACAGAGCUGUGCAAAGAGCCCACUUCUGAGGGUAGAAGACUCUCACUUACCUCAGGUCUCAUUGGCAUAUUAGCACCUUCCUCUUCAUCACAGCCCACAUCUGGCUUUAAUGUGAAAACACUAGUAUCAAGGGAGCAUGGGUUUCUUGUGCAGACCAUAGAAUACGCAGAGCAGCGGAUACCAGUCCUCAAUGAAUACUGCGUGGUGUGUGAUGAGCCUCAUGUCUUUCAGAAUGGACCAAUGCUCCGACCCACUGUAUGUGAACGGGAGCUGUGCGUUUUUGCCUUCCAGACUUUGGGAGUAAUGAAUGAAGCUGCAGAUGAAAUAGCAACAGGAGCCCAGGUGGUGGAUUUGUUGGUGUCUAUGUGCCGAUCUGCUUUGGAGUCUCCAAGAAAAGUGGUCAUUUUUGAGCCAUAUCCAUCUGUGGUGGACCCACUUGAUCAUCGCAGCUUGGCAUUUAACCCAAGGAAAAAAGAUUACGAACGGUUAGUUAAAGCACUGGACAGCAUAACAUCCAUCAGGGAAAUGACCCAGGCACCAUACUUGGAAAUCAAGAAACAGAUGGACAAGCAGGAUCCGCUGGCACACCCCCUGUUACAAUGGAUUAUUUCCAGUAACAGAUCCCACAUUGUAAAAUUACCUGCAAAUAGGCAAUUAAAGUUCAUGCACACGCCACACCAGUUCCUGCUCCUCAGCAGUCCACCGGCCAAAGAAUCCAAUUUCAGGGCAGCAAAGAAACUUUAUGGGAGCACUUUUGCAUUUCAUGGCUCACAUAUAGAGAACUGGCACUCCAUUUUAAGGAAUGGUUUAAUCGUUGCAUCUAACACACGAUUACAGCUACAUGGAGCAGUGUAUGGGAAUGGCAUUUAUCUUAGUCCAUUGUCAAGUAUUUCUUUUGGUUACUCAGGGAUGAAUAAAAAGCAGCAGAAGGUGGCAACCAAGGAUGAACAGCCUUCAAACAAUAAAGCAGCCACUUUACAGUCACAGAAAAAAGGACAGCAACCCCAGUUUUUGCAGAGUCGUAACCUGAAGUGUAUAGCCUUAUGUGAAGUGAUUACUUCACCAGAUUUGCACAAACACGGAGAAAUUUGGGUAGUUCCACAAACAGAUCACGUCUGCACAAGAUUCUUCUUUGUAUAUGAAGAUGGCCAAGUGGGUGAUAUCAGUACAAAUACACAGGAUGCCAGCAUUCAUAAAGAAAUUCUUCGGGUCAUUGGAAACCAGACAGCAACAGGUUAAAAGAAUCACACAUCAUCACUGACUGGAUCAGAAUGCCUUUUCUGGCUUUUAAGCUGCAGUGCAGUUUUGAACUAAAAUAUUAACAACCUAAUUUCAAAUGCACACAAUGUUAAAAUUUAAAUAACGCACUUUAAUUUCAAGAUUUCUUAUUUGAACCUAACAUUUUAGUAAUGCCAAUUCCGAAGUAUUGUCAAACAUCAAGUUGGCAUUGUUGCGAUGGUUUUUCCUGGAAAAGAUGUACAGUAUUGUGUAUUGGCCCUGAUUUUAUUCAGCUUUGGCAACGGUGGAAGAUUGAGCAUGAAAUUGGUGCGUUAUGACUGGGUUAUAUUCUGGUGCUGAUUAGUUAAAUCAUGAAUUUUAGCAGUGUGGAACUGUGUAGAAUCUGCAAUGAGUGAUACAUAUGGGAUUGUGCCCCAUUGUAUCUCUAAGAUGCCAUGUAGGAAUGCCGAGGAGGAAAACCCUGCCUCAGGCAUCAAAUGAAUCAAGGAGCUGUUUCCUUCCACGUUUAUCAAUUGUUCCUCUUUACUCAUAAAGACCACAUAGUUUUAGGAAUGUUGAUAUAAUCCUGUCCCAUUAGGAACAGGAACUGUUUUUUUUUAAAAGUCAGUCUGUCCUAUACCAGCCAAACCAUAGUUUUAUUUAUGUUUUGAAAAAAAUUAUAAUUGUGAAGACAAAAAGAAAUAUAAAAAAAUACUGCCUGGGGUGCUUUGAUUGCAGGCCUUAGUGAAGAACCCCCCCCCCCCCCCAAAGCACCAUAAUGAUGCCAACUUUUUAUAUAACAAAGAGCCUUUUUUUAAAAAGAAACUCUUGGUGGUGAUGGAUAUCGGUGCUGGCAGCCACUACAGGUUCCUUUUAGACCAGAAUAAAAAUAAUAAAAAUGCCAGAGCCUUGAGAAAUGGUACUCCGAAAUGUACAUUUUUUAAAUAGAAGUGUAGUGCAGGAUUUUAGCAUAUUGAGACAAUAAAGGAUAGUCAUUUUGAUAUCUGGACUGGUUCAAAAAUAGAAUACUGUUCUUUUCUAUAAAAGUGGCACAUUUAUGUUUAAAAUAACAAUUGAUCUUCAACUAAAAUAAGGAAGUCACUUUACUGCUGAGCAUUGUAUCUGGUUGAAGUUUUUCUUUACAGACAGCAUCUAAUUUCUGGAUAGAAUUGAUCCAUCCAAUAUUUACUCUGAAACCUUUUAAUUCUGUCCAUUUUGAACUCCCUACUAAUAAGGUUUUUAUGUGAAGGGUUGCUAGACUUUGGCAUAUUAUUUCAAAAGAAGAAAGAAAAGAUUUUAGUAACUAUUUUGUUCCAAUAUUAUAUAAUCUUUGCUUAAAGCAUGUGGAAGUGACCACAUGAUAUUAAGUUGCUGAUGUCAUUGUUACAUGACAAAUACUUGUCUAUUGUUUGGAAAAUUUAAUUUUGCAAUUAAAGUUAGUAAUAUUGGGUAUUUUAUUUGCAGCAGAAUCCCCUCUAAAAUGUGCGAUUUUACAAGGAUAAAAUAAUUUUAUUCUCAGCUUUAUUUCAAAAGUAGCUUAGAAAGUUUGGUUUUUAUGUGUCACUUGUUGAAUUGUGGAGGAGUCCACUUUGGAGAAAGUUAUACAGCCCAUGUUGUUAUGUAUGUUACCAUUGUGCAGAUAGGGGAGCAGUAGCUCGAAAAUAACAUUGCAAUAUCUGUACUUUUCAUAAAGCUCUUGAAAGUUACAGACUUAAAUCUAGAUACAAGCACAAAACACUUUACAAUGCUUAUUCCACUCUUCUGUAUCAGAUACAAUUAAAAUCAGCAUUCAAUUUGAAACUCUUUAAUUACAAAGAGUUUAGAAAUGCAACUUUUCGGACAGAUCAACUGGUUUCAUUCUUAUUUGCUCUUUCACAUUAUAUUGAUGGUACUGAUUUCAGCUUAAAAUAAUAAAAAUUAAAAUAUCAGGUAUGAAAAAAGUUUACAAAUCAAACUUUCUUUGGACUUGUUUGAAAUAUAGGAAUUACUUCUUUUGAAAUAUACUUUACACUAUUAUUGUAUAUAACAUUUCUUAUGUAUCAGUUAAAAGAAUCAUUUCUGUAACACAUUUUGGUGUUGAAAGAUGCAGAUUGUAAGCACGUUUGUAACAAGGUAUGCAAUGUGAACUAAUUCUUCAAAAUAGGUAUCAAGAUUUUCAACAUAUGUCCAUUUAUACUUAUUUGACAAAUUUGUGAAGGUUUGAUUAAACCUCUCAUUUUUGUCAUUUGAUGUGACACCACACCAGAUUUCACUUAUAAAGUAUAGUUUAUACUGUCCUUUUAAAUAAUAUUUCUGUUCUGCAUUUUAGUAUCUUUCACCAAAUCACAGCUUUUUUUCACAUUUUCCCCUACUUAUUUUUUGGUGUAAUAUCAAACCUGCAUUACAGCACGGUCUAGAUAUCCACACACUGCAGCAUACAGGUUCUCAGUCAGGAUUUGAGGAUUACUAUUCAGGUAAUCAGCAUUGUAUAUUUAAAUUUGUUCAUGAAAAUAACCAGAGGUUGCACAGGUUUACAUUGAAAAGGUUAAAAUUAUGAGUUUCAGUGAUUCUUAUUUGGAGUAAAUUCAAUUCCAGGGUAAAAAUCUAUUAAUAGAUCAAGAUCAAUGGAAAGAAAAAUUAGGGAGGAUGUAUAAUGGGAGCUAAAUUGUUAAUAGUGGUUCUGCGACCCAACACCGCACCCCCCUCCCCCCCCCCCCACUCAAAGUGAAUUUUUAUACCAUAAUGUUUUCUUUGCAUUGUAAUCAGUGUUUCUCUCCACCCCCACCACCACCUCCCCCUACCCCCCGCAAAGUAUGACAAAAUGUUGGUUCUAAUAUAGAGUAGCAUGAGCAGAAUAUGCCUAUUUUCAUUCCAUGGGUCAUUAUGGUGAAGUAAACAGUGUUUUUUGACUGGCGUUUUUAUUUCAUACCUCACAGUAAUAACAAAGUGGUUAAUUUCCCUUGAAAGUAUAUUUCUUAACCAUUGAAAUAAAUGGUGAAAACGCUCUCCUCAUUGAUGUAAAUCACAAUUAUCAGCAGGCCAUGUUUGGUACCUGAGCCAUAUAAAAUAAAAAGGCACAUGGGAUACGUUUGCUUGCUUUAAUACUUCUAAUGACAUUGCCCAGUAUAACAGUGGAGUCCAUAUUAUAACACACUAGAGAUGCAUUCCUUUUUGUGUUUGUAAAAGGCCUUUCAGUUAUGAGCACCACAUAUGUGAAUGGGUAAUGGAGGUCUUUUGCAAGCAAAGCACAAACCCCAACACAUUGACAGUACUUGAUUGCAUAAAUUAUUAAGGAGAUGUCCUUUGAGAUAGAUUUUUGGAAUGUGUCCCGUGCAGUAGGUUAGCUAUAUGAAUAAUUUUAACAACAUUUGCUAUUAUAAGCCGAGUAUUUGAACACAUAUGGAAGGAAUGCUGCAUUAUUGGAAGUACCAUCAAUCAGAUGAAAUUUAAAAUGAAGGCUCUAUCUGCCUGUCCUUUAAAUGUAAAUAGGUGCAAAACAUUCCAUAUUAUAAGAAAAGUCAUGAUUUCUCCAAGCUCCAGAGAAAGCAGUCCUCCCUCUAAAACACUAUCAAAGCACAUUGGGUCUGAUAAUGCUGGGUGUGAUCUGCAGUUUCAUUCAGAACUACAAGCAUUAGUCAUUCAAACUGAAGUCAGUCCCAGGCUUGUGCACACAUCCUAUGAAACACACAGAUCUGGGACUUACUAACAGAGUUGUGGAAACAAAUCAGUCAACUUGCCUCACUAAUGGUAUAAUGGAAGGGUCCAUCGACGGAGCACUGGAUCAGAAACCCCACUGGUUUCAUUACGAUUUACAGAAAACAGAAUUAGGAGGUUAAAUGGGAAGAAAAACUCAUUUUCUAAAAAAAUUAUAGUAAUUUCUUUUGAUUAUUUUAAGUGCUUUUGAAUUUGUUAAUUAUUUUAAUUUUCUGUUAUAAUUCAAUUCUAGUAUUUUAUAAAUAUCAGAAUGUCAAAGCAUGCAUGAAUUAUUAACAUAUCUUAUCCAUUUUAUAGCAGGAAAACUGAUCCCAUCCUUGCCAACCAUCGGGCGUUUUGAGGCAUUGCUUGACACUAUGCUGCCCACAGUCCAGGCACCAUCUAGAUCAUAUGUAUCUAGGGUGCAGAGGGCCAUCAUGAUAGGCCCUCCUCUUUGGGACGCAAGAACCAUAGGCAGCAAUCCCAGACCAGUACAAUUCAGCCCAUUAACUCAUGGAUUUCAUUCGCCAUAAGUGGAAUCUCACUGUCCUUACAUUGGUUGUCACCCUUGCCUAUGUUAUAGUCUCUGCAUUUCAAAAGCAAUUAUAUGGUGGUGAAAUGUUUAAAAUUACAUCUGCAAGAUAUAAAGCCACAUGAAUACAAGUACAAUUCUUAUAAAAGUGCCUCAUUAUACCGUCACAUAAGCACAGAAACAAGCCCUUUGGCCCACCACAUCCAUGGCAACCAUGAAGCACCCACGAAGCACCCACAUCCACUUAUCCCACUUUUCCUCCUGCAUUGCUCUGAACUCCUCCCCAACCACUCCUGCCCCCUCCACCACAACCAAUUCUUUGGCAUCCAUCUACACUAGGGGCAAUAUACAGGGCCAAUUAACCUACCAAUCACCAUGUCUUUGGGAUGUGGGAGGAAACUGGAGCAUCCAAUGGAAACCGGAGCAUCCAAUGGAAACCACGAGGAGAACAUGCAAAUUCCACGUAGACAGCAUCCAUGCUCAGGAUCAAAGCUGGGUCUCUAACCACUAAGCUACUGUGCCAACCAUGUUGAAAUUUCUCAAUGAAUUUCAAUAUCAUACCUUCCCCCCACCCCCAAAAAUGAGAGCCUGUCUUAAGUAGAAAACCUAGAUUGUAAAAUCUUGAUUGCCUAGCUGAGCACCAAGCAAGUACCUGACACGUAUCUAGGUUUUUGAUCAUGACUUUGUGAAACAUCAAGAGAGCAUCCAGCGAAAAAGGAUGAACAGAAGCCUCUGCCCAAGUUAGACCAAAUAAACCUUUGUCCUCACAAGUGAAAACGGUGCAUUGUGCCCUCCAGUACAUCCUUUGUUCCUAAUAAGGACCAUGUAAGCAGUGAUUUUCCAACCAUGUUGACAGAGAAACUGUCUCCAAUCAAGAGUUCAGUUUAAACAUUUUGCCAUUUGUUGUGCACAAUAUUCCUACAGGUUAUGAUUGAAAAUGCACACAAAACCUGCUGGAAUUUCUAUGACAUGCUCUUGGUGGGCUGUGCUCCUCAUCAAGAACACAAUGUUAAAAGUAAUACCCAGUGUUCCCUAUGUGUAUUUUCUUUCUGAUGAUAAAUUCAAGAGCAGAUUAUGGGAGAAGUCACAGGCAGGAAACUACAUUUUCCUAUUUCAUUGUAUAUGCUUCCAGACAUAAUGCAUUUCAAAAGCAUUUGCUUGGAGCAAUUCUAAUAAGUACAGAGUCAAGGCUAGAGUUCACAUACUUGUGGGAAAGAUCUUUUUUCACCAGUUUAUUCUUAAUUCUCCAUCAUACCUGGCCUUAUAAAUGUGGUGAAUUUUACUUUUGGAGAAUAGUGAUGAUGGUAAACUAAAAAAAAACUUGAUUCAGAACAGUUUGUGACCACAAGUCCAUCUUUUGAAAUAGUAUGGAUUUCCUGAACUUUAUUCUUUAUGAUAGUGUGGCAUUUUGCAAACAUAUUGAAGCCAAACAUCCAUGGCUGUUCUGACACACUGCACUCAAUUUUGAUGAGAUUCUGGUGGAAAUUCAGGAAUCUACAUCAUUCCCUAAUUAUUUGAGACCAGAUUUGCACCUGUUCCAAUUUAGGUCAACCACGUCAUAGAGUUUGUCAUUUGGUGGAAGUAACUCCAGGGCUGUCCUGGGUUAGCUGAAAAAUAGAAAUGGGUUCUCAAGUCAAUAGGAGCAUCUUAGCUGUUAGUUAUUCCAUACCCUAGUACGGAUGUCUUUGGGGCAGAGAGGGAGAGUCAGUGCCUGGAUGUCUUGGCCUAUGGAUUUUUGCCUCAACUUGCAAAUAGUUUUUUUGCCAUCAUUUUAUUUUGCAGAGGUCUGUUUAAAGACCCAUUGUUGUGUUUUGAGAUAUCUCUGAGAAAUCCUACUAAUGCAUCCCUCCCCAUCCACACAGAGCAGAUUGCACUAGAGCUUGCCCAUUUUUAUGGACACCCAGGAUAGAAUCCUGUACAUGUGGCCAUACUUUGGUCACAAACAUGGUCUGAAAACAUAUGACAAAGUGCAUACUACAGUGUCUACUCUCUACACAUAAAGUAGUAGCCACUGGUGGAGGGGAGAACUUCCCACCCAAGUAAACAGGUGUACCGUAAGAUUUCUCUACCCUGAAAGAUUGCUUUCAUAGCCAUGUUUUGCUUGCUGCUCUUGUGCUCUACACUGCAUGGGCAAACUGUAAUUGCAACAUAAGAGUUUAAGGACAUAUGUUUGGCCUACAAGCAGUGUUCCAUUACAUUUUGCUGUAGGACACAACCUAAUUAAAUGUUAGCAUGAGCAGUGCAGUACAUUUUAUUUAAAAUAUAUAUUUAUGGUAUAGUUGCUAAGAAAAUAUAUUUUUACAAAACUAUUUGGAUUUAAUGAUGUACAAUGUCAAAUUGUCUUAUCACUAAAGUUAUAAUUCUAAUUUUAUCAGUUGAUUGUGUUUUUUCGUACCAGUUUGAGCUCCUACAGGUCUGCUUUCACUCUCUGGUAUUACGACAUGGUGUUAAGGGUGUGUUGUUCAAGUGACUAGUGUGUUAGAAGUGUAGAUCCUGCAGCAGCUACUAGUCAGGGCUGACUUUCUGUCCCAGUAUUACUGUAGUUUGAUAACUUAGUUCUUUAUGAAAUGGUGAAAGCCUGCUAUUACAAAAUAAGGUCUGAGGGCAUAAUAUUUGCCUAUCAGUCUAUUGCUUUCAGUGGUUUGUAAUUAACUCAAAAACACUUGGGAGGGUGAAAUUUGUUUUUGGCAGAAGUGCAAGACAAAUGAUUACAAGUUGGCAGCCAGUUGUAAACCCUGCCCAAUUUUGUUUCCCAUUAUGGGGUCAGGCAGAAUGUUAAAGUCUGCUGAAUUGUUAUCACACUGUUCUACUCAAUUGCCAAACCAGGGUUUUACCCCCUGGUAUUUUAGACUUGAUCGAAUUGAAUGGUGGGACUGGUUUGAAUGACUGAAUGGCCUACUACUGUUUUUGUUAUUAAUUGAGCUAUACUCACUCAUGAUGUUAGAAGCAAGCCUAUCUUUUACUUACCAAUGAAUUACCCAGUGAGUGAAGCACGUGCUCAGGAAUGUACUACUAUUCCAUAUUAAGACUAGAAGCUGCCGUGCUAUCAACAAUUUCAAGUAAGUGUGUUUGGGAAAAGAGCAAGGAAGUGACCUGCAUAUCUAUUGUGUACAAAGUGUUGCAAGUUUGGGUUUAUUUGCAUUUGAAAUUAAAAUAAUUCCCUCAGUGACAAUGGAAUAUGAAAGGUAUUAAGACACAACUAAUUUGAACUGAUCCAAAUGAAGAAAAAUCAGAGAAACCAUCAGUGAAUCCUGCAAAAAAAUGUUGACAAUUAAUCAUCUUGCCUUAAUUACAGAGAGUGGGUAUUAUGGUAAUUAAUGCAUGUGUAGAAGUAGAAAAAUAUCCUAGAGCUAAUGUUGCUCUGAAAAUUAUACUGAUGAAGAACACAACUUUGUUUUAUUUGUCUCAUUUCUUAUACCAGGUUUUCAAGGAAACUUAUGAUGGUCAGCAUCCAAAACAGAGGGACACAGUAACAUUUUUAAGGCCCUUUAUCAAAAUGUUAGAGAUACACAUGAAACACUAACCAUUCUUUCCCUCAUUUUUAUCCCUAUCAUUUGUCAUCUUUUGAGGUGAAAUUGGCCUUUGGUAGAAACAUAAAUUGAGUGACUGGAAAUUGGCAGCUCAUUUACACCAUAUAAAGACAGAAAAUGCUGAAAAUAUCCAUCAAGACAGGCAGCAUCUAUGAAGCAGGCAAUGGGGUUAGCAAUCUUUCAGAAACCUUCAAUGAAGAGACAUUAAAGAAGAAUGUUAAUUCUGGUUCUUGUUCCACAAAUACUGCCUGAUCAGUGUGUGUUUUUAUUUCAGACUUCCAGCACCCACUUGUUUUCCUUUGGUAUUUGUGCAAAAUAGCUGCUGAUCUGUUUUCACUCACUGUGCGCCACUGCCAAAGACCAGUUUCACCCCCUUUUCCUCCCUCUCAUGAUUUAAGAUCAAUUGCUAAUUACCCAAUAUUCAAACAGAACAGACACAAAUAUUGAUAGAGCCUGUAAAAGGAAAAUCAGCCGAGCUGUGAACCCAACUGCUGAAUCACAGCAGCCUGUUUUGUGCUUCCACCAUUGACCACUUUCACCUCCACUGUAUUCCUAACCCAGUUAUUUUGUCCUUUUCGCGCUUUCAUUUAAAAUUUGAUGCAAAAUUUUCAUUACACAAGACGUUGAGCAGCUGCCGUAAACAGAUGUAAUUGUAAUUCAGUACCUUAGCUUUCAGUGCCUUAGAAAUAUAAGAUACUGUCAACAACGACAUCAAUGUACAUGAUGUAAAUAUUGCCAAAAAAAAUACAGAGGCCAAAUAUUUUCUGUACUCGGUUCACAUUGCUUUUAAUUAGAAUUUUAGUUCCUGUUGCUGUCUAAUUUUCCUCAAUUUGGAGUUUUGUUUUGCUGUUUGAUCAGUUCAUGAACUGUUUUGAUCAA